AUGCUACAAACUUUGCUGUGGAAAAAUGUCGAACGUAAUGACUGUUCAGAACGAGCGAGAGAGAACUUAAGUUUUGUCAUUUCGCGAAUGCACAAACGGUAGAUUAGUUGUGUGUUUGUUCCAGCAGCAAAGUCCCUCCAGCCACUAAUUUGUCCAGUCAUUGCGUGCGUAGUGCAUUUCGCUCCAUGCAGAGCAACGGCGAACAUUUAAGAGCUCUGUCUGUCCCUGCUGGGACCGUAGUGUUUCGUGGUACACUUCCUGCAUGUUGUGGAUGUGUUGGAGGUGAAAUUCAUAGCGACAUCGAAAUAGUUUAAAGCGCAAUAAUUGGUGCACCGUCCGAAAGCACACAUCUGGCGCAAACGUUACAACGAUACACACGGCAGAGGUCACUGACGAACGCUUCGGAUUUAGCAUAAAUUAGAGAUUCAAUCGAAGGUUGCGUCGGAGACAAGACGAAACCCCGGAAGAACAAUAGGUUGCUGUGUUCACGUGCAUCAUAACAACGAAGACGGACAGCUUUCACCAUUUGGACGUCGUCACCGAAACGCAAGCACCCAACAACAGCACGGAACUGCAUCGGGCAACGAUCGAACGAUGGCACAGUCACUGUCGACGGAGGCAUGCUCCUCGCUGAGCACGCUGGCAGAGACGGAAACUGCCGUGUCGAACGUGGCGGACGAUGAGAGUAGCGACGGCAUCGAACAGAGUCGACCGAAGCGAAACGAGCGUCACGAGAAGCUCGGCUUCAAGCCACAGAAGGAACUGUUUUGCAACAAAUUUCUUCCCUACGCGGACAAGCUGGACGAUGAAUCACAGGCCAACCUGGAAAGUAUCAAGAACAAUCUCGGCAAGGUGGUGGCAAUGCGCGAGAUGGGCCCGGCGGUCAUGAUGUGCAUCCGGAACCUGGUGACCUACAUCAAACUGUACGGUAUGAAGUUUUCCAAAGAGGACCACGUAAAGUUUGUGCAGCUGCUGCUGGAAAUGCUGGUCAUUCCCAAGCUGGACCCCGAUGCAAUCAACAAAAUCAGCGAAGCAAUAUUCUUUCUCCUUCGGAAGCGCGAAUGGCUCAGUACCGAAGAUUUGCAGAUCGAAUGGAGACCGCUGUACGAUCUGUUCCAUCUGCUGGUGUCACGGCUGAGCAAGAAAGGCGAACUGUUCAACACCACAACGAAGAACGAAAACGAAAACACUGUGUCACCGCUGGCAAUGUUGCUUGAAGCCGCCGCCGAGAGGAUGGGCUACGAGGUGUCGACCGUGGCUCAGUACCUCGGCAUCGAGAUGGACGCGGAUGGACUGCAAAAAUCAGCCAUGGAAGGCAAUCUGCAGUGUGCGAUACAAGUGUGCACUCCGUACUUUCGCCCUUCGGCCACGCAGGAAAUUUUGGACGAGCUGCUGCCGAAGCUACAGCCGCUCGACAAUGGCAGCGGGUGUGACGUGAUCACCAUACUGAACAUCUUUCUCAACUACGAGCAAGGGUACGAGCUGUGGUUCGAUAAGUUCAUGUCGAUCUGGAACGGAUACCACAAUCCACCGUGGGCGGGCGAUUUCAUGACGAUGUACGCGGUCGUUGGCCAGAAGAACGUUGGCCACAUCGACUGGGAACCUUACAUUGCGACCAUGUUUGCGCGCAUCACGCGCUCGAUCAACUUUCCCGUCAACUAUCGCAACACGAAGGGCGGCCGAACGAACGGGAUCCCGCCGGAUGCCGUUGCGACGUGGAUUGUGUCAGCGCUCGGACCGCGCAGCAGCGCACAGCAGUAUCUCAACACGUUCAUGUCCACGAUCGAAUCGUACCUGCAUCCGGCCAACUCGGGCAAGUGGGUUAAGAUGUUGGGCGACCUGCUGACGCUGCUGCCGCGUUUCUUCAUCGAUCGGCUCGUGAUUGAGCGGUACCGGAAGGGCCACCAUAUACGGCCGAUCCCGAACGAGCACAAGCUUACCGAGGAAUGCAUUACGGCGUUCGUGGAGUGCAUGAAGCCGGUCGCGCUGCAGGCAAUGUACUCGCGCCUCAACACGCAGGAAGUUGGGAAAGUAUUCCAAUGUCUGGCCGAUCUUCGCCCGGCGCUGAUCAUUCCGAGCAUCAUCGAGCGGGUGUACACGAGCCUGGAUUCGCUGACGGAACCGCGCAAGCUAACCGCGGCCCUGCAUGGGCUGAUCGGUGUGUCGCGAGCACUCGUUUCCGGCCACAAGGGCUACACCGAGGGGCGAACGCACGUGAUACCGCUGUUUCUGGCCACGCUGCCCGGUAUCGAUGGGAACGAUCAGAUGAAAACGGGCAGCACGUUCCACUUCCUGACGUCGGUCGCUUUCCUCAUACCGAUCAUCGAUUGCUCGCAGGCGGGCCAGUACCACACCAAUCUGACCGAUGACGAGCGGCUGCUGUGCGAGCAGACGGCGGACUUUAGCGACUUUACGCUGCAGUAUCUCGAUCGGCUGUUUUUGCUGAUCGAGAACAGCUCCACGAACAACGUGCGCAUGGAACAGUCCGAUCUGGAUACGGCACGAUCGAAGGCGGAAUCGCUGCUGGAGCCGAUGGUGCAAACCUGCACGCACGGCAUCAUGGGCCAGGCGUCGGAACCGAUCGUAGCGGCCGCAGCAAAGAAGGUGAUGGAGUUUGUGCAGACGCGCCUGUUCGAGCCGAACGUUGCGGGUCAGCUGGUGGGUUGUCUGGUGCGGCUGUUCGCUCGCAUCCACGGCAAGGAAGUGUUGCGCGUGCUGCUGCCCCACGUGCUUCGGCUGAUUGAAGAGUACAUGGCCGAGCACGAGAAUGUGGAAGCGCUCGAGAAGCACAACGACGAGAUGCUGUACUAUCUGGUGCUGUUACUGAAUCUGGUGCGGGGCGAUCCGCAAAUCGUGCGGCACUAUGUGGACGAUCUGCUGCCGACGUUCGACCGUUUGGCACGGUUUAAAUGCAAGCGUGUGUCACGCUACCUGGCACAGAUUAUCGGUAACAUGAUGAACAACAUGUCGACGCUGCAAACCAUGGACGUGCGCAACAGUCCCGACUGCUUCACGAAACCCCUGUCCGAGGUGGUGCCGGUGAAGCGCUGGGGCGAAAAGAUGGCGCCCGACAGUAAGAUCGAGUGGCGCAUACCGGACGAAGGGGCCCGGUUGGUGUGUGAGCGCAUAAUACACCGCUAUCUGCCGAAGCUGCUCGAAAAGCUGGACCGGCAUAGUGCGGGCGAGGUGACGCUGCCGCGGGAAGAGCUGCACGUAGGCAUGAUGAUGCUACAGUCACUGAUCCGCUGCCACAACUUUCUGCCCAACUGGACGGACGAGGAACCGAUCGAGCUGUUCGAGUCGUGCGUGGACGUGAAGGAGCUACAGCUGAGCGUAACGCUCGGCCUCGAAGCGCUGGAAAUUCACAUGCCAAACGGGGAGAAUGUGCGAAAGGCGAUCAUCCGGACGGUCAUGCGCCUGCAGGAUCGAAUGCAGGCGGUGUCGGAGGAUGACACGCAAACGCUCAAAUCGAUGAUUGCGCUGUACGAGAAGGUGCUGCAUCGUAAGCACCCGAACGGAUCGUACGAAAUGCAGCUGAAAACGUUCAACAGCACCAAGCGGUUCCAGACGUACCAGUUGACGCGCUGCAAGCGGGACGUGCGGGCGGUCGUGGUGACGCGCGUCAUUAUUCAGCAGGAUUGCAGGGACGAGAUGAAGCUGCCGUACUUCACUGCCACGCAUCUGCAGGUGAUGAAGAAGCUGCUGGAGCUGUCCGUGUCCUACUACUCGACGGUGCGCAUCGAUGCGCAGGCCAAGCUGCACGACAUGCUGUAUCUGUUCCCGUACGCCUAUCCACUGCUGACGGACCGCAUUGUGGAAUGUUUGCAGCUGGACUCCAAUACGCAUCACGAGCAGUUUAAGGGUAUCCUGUGUCUGCUGUUCAUAAAGCGCCGAGGCCGCUUGAUCACGCAAAACAACUGGGGUUAUCUGGCGCGCGUAUGGCCGGCCCUGUUGCGUUCGAAGCUGUCGGAGAAAAAUUCCAUCGUCAGUCUGGUGGAUGGGUUGAAGAAGAUGAUCGAUGGCCAAUCGCCGACCUAUCUGCUGGAGGUGGACAUCGGCGAGAAGGUGGUGGAACGAGCGCUUGCCCUGCGCACCCGGGCAGAUGAGCUGGAUCUGGAGGCCGGCAAGCGGGCACGCGAGCGCGAGAACAAGCGCAAUAUGGCGUUGUUCCAACAGUUGGUCGGGGAGAUUGUGCAGACGGUCGAAACGAGCAAGCUGCACCUUCGCUAUCACUAUCUCGCGUCGGUGAUGCUCAUCAACUUGUGCCACCCGUACGCGGAGCACCCGCCCUCGGUGACGAACCUGGCAGUGCACCAUCUUAUCCACGAUUCGGUGAUCGAGCGAAAGCUGGCCAUCCAGCUGAUGCUAGGCAUCUUCCGGCAGCAGAAACGGUCCCAGAAAAAGGUCGUCAUGAAUCCGCUCGAAAUCGUGGCCCGGUUGGAGGGGAAGGAUCCGUCCGCGGUUGCCGCAAACCCGGGCUCGAACGUUGCACCCGGCUAUCGGGAUGAUAACCUGUGGCUGCAGUACGAUGUGGCGAAGGUGCCGAAAAGCCAGGCAGAGUGGGACGAGCCGCGGUACAUGUACACGUCCGAGGGUUGUUUCGGCUGGACGAAGGGUUUCAAGGUGUACGCACCGAGCGCGGAGCAACCGAAGCUGAACCGCACGGUGGACGAGCUGAACGAGCACGAGCGCACGAUAUUCGAGUUUUUUGACCAGCAGGAAAACGUCGACACGCUGAUGCGGUUCUGGUCGCUCGAAGAGAAAAAAGGCCGGGAUGAGUUUAGCAGUACGCGCAUGCUGCUGAUCAAGAUGGUGAUGAAGAUGUUUGGCGAUCGGUUGCUGGAUCGCUUCCUGUCCCACAUGAAGCGGCUGAUAGAGGACAAGGCGACCGAGGGCAAUCAUCGGUGCGCGGUCGAGGUGAUGACGGGCAUUAUGCGGGGGGCCAAACACUGGACGUACGAGAUGACGCGCGAUAUGUACGCCCGGAUGGUGCCACUGAUACGGCUGGGCAUGCAAAACGUCACGGUCGACACGGACGUGUACUGGGGCAUGUGCUUCGCCACGGCGGCACAGUCGAUGGACCCGUCGAAGCAGUACUGGCUGCACGAGGUGCUGAUGGAGGAUCCGCUGCAGGACGCAAACAGCUUCAGCGACUGCAACCGGCUGUACUGCUUGCAGGGUGCCUUCAACCAGCACGUGUGGCGGAUGGCGAGUGUGGCCCACCGGCUGCUGGACUACCUGAAGCCCCAUCUGGACCAUCCGUUCCAGAGUUUGCGCGAGCGGCUGGGCAACACGCUGAUAAACAUCUUCGAGGCCGACCUUCGGUUCGAGGGAUACGAGUCGAAGCUGGUUUCACCGCAGCGUAGCGAAAUGUUUGCCUACGUCAUGCCAAAGCUUGCCAUCCUGCUGCAGAAAGAUCCCGAACCGCCGAAACCGAAGGCGGAGAAGCGGGAGGAGCUGAUGGAGGUGGAGGGAGCGGGAACAAGCUCACCGCAACAGGAAGACAGUGAAUAUGUGAAAGCGGUCCGUUUGUUUAAAACAGUUGCACACUGGGUCACGUACACCAUCCAUCGGUACUCGAACGGUAACGAAAAUGAGUACUUCGAGCUGCUGCCGAUUGCCUGCCGCCUGGAGCGAUCCGAGCACGACCAGGAGCUGAGCGAAAUCUGCACCCUACUGUUGGCCUUCAUAUCACAAGCGUUAACACUGCCAAACUGCAUGGACGUCGCACUGGCCAAGAUCGACGAGGUGUCGAAGAUGUCAUUCUGGUCGGCCCGCCGUGCCGUGAUCGAUGUGCUGCAGGUGCAGGUCUUCUACAACAUGACCAUCAUUCUUAGCCGGCCCGAAUGGAAGGCGAAGGUGCAGGAGAUCGUGCUCCGCCUGCUGGAGGACAGUGUGGUCGAGGUGCGCGAGAAGGCGGCGGAGGUGCUGUGCGGUCUGGUGCACUGUUCAUUCCUAACGGCCACCGAGGAGCUGCUGGAGCUGUUUAAGCGCAAAUGUCGCACGAAAAUCAUCCGCUCCAAACGAGUCCGGGUCGAUACGAGCUGCUCGAGCGAGGUGGCUAAAAAUGAAAAUGCGGAAGCAAAUGCCGUCCUAGCUAGGCAUACCGGUGUGCUGGGACUGUGUGCCUUUAUUUCCGCCUACCCAUACGAAGUGCCUGAGUUUGUACCGAACGUGUUUGAGCAUCUCGGUGCACAUCUGAACGAUCCCCAACCGAUACCGGCCACCAUUCGGAAAACGAUGGGCGACUUUAAGCGCACCCAUCACGAUAACUGGGAAGUGCAUCAGCUAAAGUUCACGGAAGAUCAGUUAGCCGUACUGAGCGAUCUUACCAUCGCUCCUUCGUAUUACGCAUAAACAAACACACACACACACACACACACAAACACAAGCACACUCGGACGUGUGCAAUCCGUUUUUCUCCCUUUUAUCUGCAACUGUUUCGAAAGUUAGUUAUAUUAUUUCAUUUAUAGUUAAGGAAAUAUGGAAUGUUACGUAGCUUUCCGUUGAUUUCGCUCGGUAACUGUAACUCCCCAUGGAUUCGAGGAAUUGUGGGUAGGAAUAGUUCAUGCCCGGGGCCAAUAUGGAAAUGGCUGCCAGACAAGCCAAGCGGCUGUACGUUAGCCACCGCUUGACCAACGCUGGCAACGAUCGUACAGCCCAACAUGCAACAAAGGUAGAAGAAACUAUUCCAACCUUCAACACACACACACGCACCCGUUCUUCUAGUUACGUGCGCAAACCCCAUUUUCUUAACCGUAGCAUGUAGCAAACGGGGCUGGGCUUUUACAGGGUUAUUAAUCAUUCAAUUAAUAUCCCGCACAUCGUUUUAAGUUUCGUUGGUGUAAUAUCAUAAUAUUGGUUUAUGAAUAGUAUAGCGAUGGAGUGGAAUGUGGAGCGCGGGAAGGCGAUGUGAACUGUGAAGACAACUGUGUGGUGAUGGUGAACAUGUAUAGCGAUGUUCAAUAAAUAAACAGUGAAUUCGAAUGCAGCGAUGUUACGAUGAAAA